AUGGAAUUCCACUUUCUAAAUACAGAUUUUCCUCACUUUACUACAAUGGACUGGUCUCGGCUCUCACAGAUCCACAAUAUCCUAUCAAAAUUCAAUGAGUUGACUCUGUUCGUAUCAGAAAAGAAACCUCAAAUUAGUCUUGCGGUCCCAAUCUACUAUGAACUUCAUGAUUUACUCGAUGAGGCAUCCAAGCGCAAGGAGAGAUUCCUAGAUCUUGACGAAAAUAUAUCAUUAGCUGUGAAGGAAGGUAUGAAGAAGUACAAAAAGUACUAUACCUUUAUGGAUGCUUCUGAUACAUACUACACUGCCCUUAUCUUGGAUCCUCGCGUUAAAGGCGAUCUCCUUCUCGACAAACUGGAAGACGAAGCUACUAGGAGGGAGAUCCUUAAAGCUCUCCGUGACAACAUCCACCGUGAUUAUUCAGUUACGACUAUGGAAUCAAGCUUACUGUCAAAAUAA